CUCUACCUCUAAGGCUCUAAGUAUGACAGAGGGUUUCCCCAUUUUCACUCUCGAAGGCCAAAACCCUAGUUUCUGCUCUCAACGUUCUCAGUCAUUCUAAGAGGGGCGGCCGUCUGCUUACAGGAGCAGUCUUUGUGAAAAUGGUGAGAAUCAGUGUAUUAAAUGAUGCUCUUAAAAGCAUGUACAAUGCGGAGAAGCGGGGAAAACGGCAGGUCAUGAUCAGGCCAUCCUCGAAAGUGAUCAUUAAGUUCCUCAUAGUUAUGCAAAAGCAUGGCUAUAUUGGAGAGUUCGAGUAUGUUGACGAUCACAGGUCUGGAAAAAUUGUGGUUGAACUGAAUGGAAGAUUGAACAAGUGUGGGGUUAUUAGCCCUCGAUUUGAUGUGGCUGUUAAAGAUAUUGAAAACUGGACUGCGAGGUUGCUUCCCUCAAGACAGUUUGGUUAUAUUGUGCUGACAACCUCUGCUGGAAUUAUGGAUCAUGAAGAGGCUAGAAGAAAGAAUGUCGGUGGCAAAGUACUUGGCUUCUUCUAUUAGGUAGAGUUUUGCCGGAAGAUGAACUUGAAUUUUUCCUGCUUAGUUAUGAGUUCUUUUUGUUGCCAUUUGGAACUUUGUAGGUAGGAUUAUUUCUCUGUACUUUGGCUAGAUUUCUGUUUUAUUUUGGGCUUACUUGAGUAAUAUUUUGUUGGUAUAUUAGAGAGCUGAAAGUAAAUUUUUAUUCGAAAGAAUAUUUUUUUGAACUUAAA